CUGACCAACAGGAUGUAUUUUUAAGAGUGUUGAUUUUGAACAGCGAACAAGUCGCCUCAGGUGGCACUGACUUAAUGCUCUGAGCCCAGUAAAAACAAAUUGAACAUCAGGGCGCUAGAAACAACAGCACUCCAAAUCUGAAAAUAGUUAUAUUAUUGUUUGAAAAUUCCCCGUAGUGUAGUUAGUAAUCCCGGAGCAAGGAUGCCGAAACGCGCUCCUUACACUUGGCGGCAGCCGGACUUUCCCGGCGACGGGAGCGACAUGUCCUGGCAGAAUCCCACCCUGCUGGUCAUCUGCCAGGACGCGGACUUGGAGACGGCCAUCCAGCCGCUGCUGCGCUCCCUGAAGCAGCCCUUUGCCCCCGGCCAAGUGGCAAGUAUCUUUGUGCACGAGACGAUGCGCGGGCGGUUCUGCGAGAAGGUGAAGGCCCUGAUGGAACCGAUGCACCGCCAGGCGGCCGGCCACGCCCACUAUCUGAAGGCGGUGGAGAUGGCCGAGUGCCUCAAGGCGGAAGUGGUCAGUCUGCUGACGCCGGACGACAUUCGCUUCCGUUUCCGGAUGACUCCCGGCUCCCCGGUGAUCGUCUGCGAGUUCGACCAGAGCUUCUUCGGCGGAUCCCGCCCCAGUUCGCUGGUCACGCUCCACACCUUCCGCCACGCCUCCGAUCUGCCACGCCUCCUGGCCACCGAGCGGGUGCCUUUCGAGAGCGCCGCCGUCUGGGGAUUCAAGAUGGCCGCCGUCUACGAGGCGGCCUUGCAUCUGGAUCUCCAAAAGGUCUACAUCAACUGCCAGGCGGUGCCGCUCAUCCCGGUCAUCCAGGAGUACCUCGAGGCGGAGCAGUCCCACGUGGUGCUGGCCAAGUACCACCACUUCGAGGUGGUUUCGCACGGCGGCAAGCAUCGGGUUAUAAUUUAUCCCGCCAAGGUCAUCUGGGAGCCGACCGUUCGAUCCGCUGGCGGCGGUCAAGGUCAAGGCGGAGGUCAAGGCGGAGGUCAAGGUGGGGAUCAAGGUGCAGGUCAAGGUGAAGGUGAAGGAAAGAGCAAGGAGAGCGUCAAGCGGACAUCUAAGAGCAAAGUUCAGAGUCGCGCGGGAUUUCGUUCAAGAUACUUUUCAAAAGUUUGAAGUUCACGCAAAUUACCAGUAACUAGAAAGUGACAAUCUUUAUUUCAAGAUUUUUAAGAUUUAAGUUAUGAAGCGUACUUUUCAAAUUAAUAAAGUCAUAUAGUGGUAGAGUGUUACUCAAAUAAAAUAUAAUCCUUAAGGCAAA